UCCAAUCAUCGAGGGUUCCUGUUGCUAUGUGACGUUGGCAGCAAACGUUAAGUUGCUAUGGAUUGAAAAUGAAGUUGUCCGGUCCCUAAACCAAAUCAACUUUUUAUAUCGUUUUAGCAAAUUAACUCUUACUUGUGUAUUUAUUUUUUAUCACCAAGCAAGAUAUUCGAUUCAGUAUUCAGGUAAGAGUUUUUGUAGUAACUAAAUUGAUGAUACGACUUUGUCAGCCAUCUUUUAUGUCUGCUAAACGUUAGGCUGUCAUCUCAUUUUUGUGGUUGGCUAGCUAACGUUAGCUCGUCUUUUACAAUAUUGUCUGCUGUAAUGAUGGGCACAAAACAUUGGCUAUAGUUUAUACUAAUGUUAGAUUGAUUAUCACAUCUUGAAAACUAUGAAUAACAUUUAAUAUCCACUAUAUUUCCCAGCAAUGCCUCCUCCAGAUACUAUGUACUGUGCACAGCAAAUCAACAUCCCCCCAGAACUACCAGACAUUCUCAAACAGUUCACCAAAGCUGCAAUCAGAACUCAACCCAAUGACAUACUACAGUGGUCUGCAGCGUAAGUACAGCCUCCCUGGAUGUGACUGUACUACCAAGAGAGGCCAGCUUGUAUGGUUCAGGUGCUAGUAACUACCCAGUUGCUGAGCAGGGAUAAUGGACAGGGUAAAGUACAAUUAUUGUUCCGUUUAAAUGUUUCUGUUCUAUCAGGUACUUCUCUGCCCUGUCCAAAGGAGACACUCUGCCAGCCAAGGAUAGGCUGGAGAUGCCUGUCGCCACACAGAAGACUGAUACUGGAUUGACUCCAGGCCUGCUUAAGGUCCUACACAAACAGGUACUCACUGACUGACACAUUGAUCCCAGGUGUGCUGAAAGUCCUGCACAAACCUUCCCAUCCUCUCCUCCUCUAUGGUAGGAUAUUAAGGUACCUCUCUCGCUCCCUGUAUGUCGCUGGCUUCUAUUGUUGUAAAAAUAAAUCUGUCUCCCGCCUCUUUCUCCCUCCUCUCUGUCCAUGUGAAUGUAGCUGGCCCCUAAGGAGACGAUCGGUAAGGAGGAGCUGCAGCAGAAGUGGAAGGGUCUGUGUCUGCCCUCAGAGCAGCUGGACACUCUGCUGGUCCUGGGGAACUUCAGCGACAACAUCCACUGGAUGCAGUUCUUCGCCCUGGGCUGCAGCGCUCUGGGAGGGGUGAGUGCCUGGCUCCGAUAUCUGUCUCAGUCUCCAGAGAGAAACUGUGGUGUAGUUCUUGCAAAUUCCACAUGAUGGCAGUAUUGUACUGUCUUGAUGGCCCAGGCUUUUCUGAAGUGUGUGUGUGUGUGUGUGUGCGUGAGCUCCCUGUGUGUGAAUGCGCGUGCGUGCUCCCUGUGUGUGUGUGCGCCCUGUAUGUGUGUUCAGACCAUCAUCAGUGCCCUGAAGUAUGCGUGUGAGAUCCUGACGGAGAAUGAGGAGGGUGGAGCGGCGAGGAUCCCCUUUGAUACGUUCGUAGGGCUGUACACUUACCUGGCCCACCUGGAUGGAGAGAUCCCCCAGGACCAGAUAGACAGCUUCCUAAGCAGCCUGCAGGAGCCUGUGUGAGUGGUACACUACCCUACACUCUCUCUAUUGAUCUACACUCUCGCUAAUUUCCUACAAUUCUACACAUUUUGCCAUGACUUAUGCCAUGUUAAUAUGAUAUCUGAGUGAGAGUGGCUAACAAAAUCAAUUGGGGCCCCCUGGAGGUCAGGGCCCCUGGGCACGUUAGCUGACAUGGGCUAAUUGAGUGACUGACAUAACAAGAGAAACUGCUGAUCUUUCUCUCUACCUUUCUCUCUACCUCCCCCUUUCUCUCUACCUUUCUCUCUACCCCUUUCUCUCUACCUCCCCCUUUCUCUCUACCUCUACCUCUCUCUACCUCUACCUCUCUCUCUACCUUUCUCUCUACCUCUCUCACUCUCUACCUCUCUCUACCUCUCUCUACCUCUACCUCUCUCUACCUCGCUCUAAAGAGGAACUAUAACAUGUGAAAGCCCUACAGUGGCUUGCGAAAGUAUUCACCCCCUUGGCAUUUUUCCUAUUUUGUUGCCUUACAACCUGGAAUUAAAAUGGAUUUUUUUCGGGGUUUGUAUCAUUUUUUAUUUUAUUUUAUUUAUUUAUUUCACCUUUAUUUAACCAGGUAAGCCAGUUGAGAACAAGUUCUCAUUUACAACUGCGACCUGGCCAAGAUAAAGUAAAGCAGUGCGAUUAAAAACAACAACACAACAUUUACACAACAUGCCUACCACUUUGAAGAUGCAAAAUAUUUUUUUUGUGAAACAAACAAGAAAUUAGACCAAAAAAACAGAACUUGAGCGUGCAUAACUAUUCACCCCCCCCCCCCCCCCCCCCCCCCCCCCAACGUCAAUAAUUUGUAGAGCCACCUUUUGCAGCAAUUACAGCUGCAAGUCUCUUGGGGUAUGUCUCUAUAAGCUUGGCACAUCUAGCCACUGGGAUUUAUGCCCAUUCUUCAAGGCAAAACUGCUCCAGCUCCUUCAAGUUGGAUGGGUUCCGCUGGUGUACAGCAAUCUUUAAGUCAUACCACAGAUUGUCAAUUGGAUUGAGGUCUGGGCUUUGACUAGGCCAUUCCAAGACAUUUAAAUGUUUCCCUUUAAACCACUCAAGUGUUGCUUUAGCAGUAUGCUUAGGGUCAUUGUCCUGCUGGAAGGUGAACCUCCGUCCCAGUCUCAAAUCUCUGGAAGACUGAAACAGGUUUCCCUCAAGAAUUUCCCUGUAUUUAGCGCCAUCCAACAAUCCUUCAAUUCUGACCAGUUUCCCAGUCCCUGCCGAUGGGAAAAACAUCCCCACAGCAUGGUGCUGCCACCACCAUGCUUCACUGUGGGGAUGGUGUUCUCUGGGUGACGAGAGGUGUUGGGUUUACGCCAGACAUAGCGUUUUCCUUGAUGGCCAAAAAGCUCAAUAUUAGUCUCAUCUGACCAGAGUACCUUCUUCCAUAUGUUUGGGGAGUCUCCCACAUGCCUUUUGGCGAACACCAAACGUGUUUGCUUAUUUUAUUCUUAAAGCAAUGGCUUUUUUCUGGCCACUCUUCCGUAAAGCCCAGCUCUGUGGAGUGUACGGCUUAAAGUGGUGCUAUGGACAGAUAAUCCAAUCUCCGCUGUGGCGCUUUGCAGCUCCUUCAGGGUUAUCUUUGGUCUCUUUGUUGCCUCUCUGAUUAAUGCCCGCCUAGCCUGGUCCAUGAGUUUUGGUGGGCGGCCCUCUCUUGGCAGGUUUGUUGUGGUGCCAUAUUCUUUCCAUUUUUUAAUAAUGGAUUUAAUGGUACUCCGUGGGAUGUUCAAAGUUUCGGAUAUUUUUUUAUAACCCAACCCUGAUCUGUACUUCUCCACAACUUUGUCCCUGACCUGUUUGGAGAGCUCCUUGGUCUUCAUGGUGCCGCUUGCUUGGUGGUGCCCCUUGCUUAGUGGUGUUGCAGACUCUGGGGCCUUUCAGAACAGGUGUACAUAUACUGAGCUCAUGUGACGCUUAGAUUGCACACAGGUGGACUUUAUUUAACAAAUUAUGUGACUUCUGAAGCUAAUUGGUUGCACCAGAUCUUAUUUAGGGGCUUCAUAGCAAAGGGGGGGGAAUACAUAUGCACGCACCACUUUUCCAUUAUUUAUUUUUAGAUGUAUUUUUUAAUACGUUUAUUUAUUUAUUUUCACUUCACCAAUUUGUACUAUUUUGUGUAUGUCCAUUACAUGAAGUCCAAAUAAAAAUCCAUUUAAAUUACAGGUUGUAAUGCAACAAAAUAGGAAAAACGCCAAGCGGGAUGAAUACUUUGCAAGGCACUGUAUAUGCUUAAUGUGAGAUGAACAUCAGCAAUGCCCCUUGCUACCUCCCCAACCUGACAGACCUGUGCAAUUAAAUUGAAUAAAUAAAUAAGAAAACGCCAGGUGAAGGGAAAUCUUAACGCUACAGCAUGCAAUGACAUUCUAGAUGAUUCUGUUCAUUCUCUCGACCUCUCUACCCCUCUACCUCUCUACCUCUCUCUACCCCUCUACCUCUCUACCUCUCUCUACCUCUACCUCUCUCUACCUCUAACCCUCUACCUCCCUCUACCUCCCUCUACCUCUCUCUCUACCUCUACCUCUACCUCUACCUCUCUCUACCUCUACCUCUCUCUACCUCUCUCUCUUUCGACCUCUACCUCUCUCUACCUCUCUCUCUGCUUUACUAUGUGUGUUUCUUGUGGUCUACAGCACCAAGCAGAAUGGCAUGAUUCAGCUGGCCAACUUCUACAGCCGCAAAAAAUGUAGAUAAUGAGAGAGGGAGAGACGAAAGGGACAGGAAGAGGAGGAAGAAACAGAGUAGCAGGAAGAAAUUGGCUUUACUACUUAUUCUACAAAUAAAUGGUCUUCUCUAAAUCCCCAUGGGAUCAGUAGUUGUAUUUCCUGUUAAAGCUCAGAUAUGUACAGUAGUGAUACCCAGUUGCUUGAAUUAUUUCCCCAAACGGAAUCCUCUCCAGGUUCAUAUCUUAUUGUUAUAUGGGACGGAGAGUUGCUGUGAUAUAACAUGGAAGGUGGACUGUACUGCGUGUGGAUGUAGGUUAGUAUCACUGGAUCCAAUGAGAACCACUCCUGCCCUGACAGGUUAGUCGAUAGUUAAUUCGUCAUUCUCAUGGCUUAUCAACGAAGGGCCUGUUGCAUUCUCUUUCCACUUGGCAUAUUCAUUUAGCCAGUGAGAUGGUCUGAGAGAGAGAGAGACAGAGAUUGUCAGCUCUUGUGAAAUGGAGAUAAAGUGUUUGUAUCAUUGGUCUUCUCAGCAAUACAACACUGAUAAGGCUAGUGAAUGAGACAGCUCUGAACAGAUGCUCUGGGGCCUAGUUAAAACACACACUAGUAGACUAGUACACAGUAACACAUGCUGUAAGACACAGCGUAUUUCCUGUCUGUGGUAGUGAAAGCCAGAGAACACAUUAGUACAGUGGUGGAACACAGGAAUCAAAACAGACUAAUCUCUCUCUCUCUUUCCCAUACAGUCGUCAUGUAUGAUGAGGAAAUAUUACUACAUCUCUCAGUUUGACAAUGUAUCGAAACGCUCUCAUUACACAUGUAGUGGAUUACAUACAGUGUCCUCCAUAAUUACUGGGACAGUGAAUCAUGUUUUCUUCUUUUGGCUCUAUACUCCAAAAGUUUGGAUUUGAAAUCAAACAAUGACUAUGAGGUUAAAAUGCAGACUGUCAACUUUAAUUUUAGGGUAUUCAUAUCAGGUGAAGCGUUUAGAAAUGUCAUAACUUUUUGUACAUAGUCCCCCCCCCCGUAUUAGGGGAGCAAAAGUAUUAGGACAAAUUGACUUAUGUGUAUUAAAGUACAUAUAAAUGCUAACCUACCCUGUUAUUGUAAUGGUGAUGUCUUGGGGGUAUGAUAUUUGUGCUUCUAUAAAAGUGACCCCAAAAUGACAGAAUACAUUAUUGACUAUUCAUUUCUAUUCGGCACAAAAUAAUCUGAAACCCAACCCAACCAAAACAAACAGAAAAUGCAUCCAACAAAUGUGUAGAGUCACAAGCUUGAUAUAGUCAUUGUGUGCUAUGAAUAUGGGACCAAAUACUUUUUACUACUUUAAUACACACAUAAGUGAAUUUGUCCCAAUACUUUUACUCCCCUAAAAUGAGGGGACUAUGUACAAAAAGUGCUCUAAUUUCUAAACGGUUCACCCGAUAUGGAUGAAAAUACCCUCAAAUUAAAGCUGACAGUCUGCACUUUAACCCCAUAGUCAUUGCUUGAUUUCCAAAGUUUUGAAGUGUAGAGCCAAAAGAAGAAAAAAUUAUUCAAAAUCCCAAUAAUUGCUGAGGGCACUGUAGUUAGAACAAUGGAAAAAAGGUAUAACCCAAACGCGCUGCAGCCCAGAUUACAUCUGCCCAGUUGCUCGACUGAAGGACUUGAAAAUCCAAAAAAACAUUCCUUACCCCAGGGUACUUCAACUGGUGACUAUCAUUCCUUACCCCAGGGUACUUCAACUGGUGACUAUCAUUCCUUACCCCAGGGUACUUCAACUGGUGACUAUCAUUCCUUACCCCAGGGUACUUCAACUGGUGACUAUCAUUCCUUACCCCAGGGUACUUCAACUGGUGACUAUCAUUCCUUACCCCAGGGUACUUCAACUGGUGACUAUCAUUCCUUACCCCAGGGUACUUCAACUGGUGACUAUCAUUCCUUACCCCAGGGUACUUCAACUGGUGACUAUCAUUCCUUACCCCAGGGUACUUCAACUGGUGACUAUCAUUCCUUACCCCAGGGUACUUCAACUGGUGACUAUCAUUCCUUACCCCAGGGUACUUCAACUGGUGACUAUCAUUCCUUACCCCAGGGUACUUCAACUGGUGACUAUCAUUCCUUACCCCAGGGUACUUCAACUGGUGACUAUCAUUCCUUACCCCAGGGUACUUCAACUGGUGACUAUCAUUCCUUACCCCAGGGUACUUCAACUGGUGACUAUCAUUCCUUACCCCAGGGUACUUCAACUGGUGACUAUCAUUCCUUACCCCAGGGUACUUCAACUGGUGACUAUCAUUCCUUACCCCAGGAUACUUCAACUGGUGACUAUCAUUCCUUACCCCAGGGUACUUCAACUGGUGACUAUCAUUCCUUACCCCAGGAUACUUCAACUGGUGACUAUCAUUCCUUACCCCAGGGUACUUCAACUGGUGACUAUCAUUCCUUACCCCAGGGUACUUCAACUGGUGACUAUCAUUCCUUACCCCAGGGUACUUCAACUGGUGACUAUCAUUCCUUACCCCAGGGUACUUCAACUGGUGACUAUCAUUCCUUACCCCAGGAUACUUCAACUGGUGACUAUCAUUCCUUACCCCAGGGUACUUCAACUGGUGACUAUCAUUCCUUACCCCAGGAUACUUCAACUGGUGACUAUCAUUCCUUACCCCAGGGUACUUCAACUGGUGACUAUCAUUCCUUACCCCAGGGUACUUCAACUGGUGACUAUCAUUCCUUACCCCAGGAUACUUCAACUGGUGACUAUCAUUCCUUACCCCAGGAUACUUCAACUGGUGACUAACAUUCCUUACCCCAGGAUACUUCAACUGGUGACUAUCAUUCCUUACCCCAGGAUACUUCAACUGGUGACUAUCAUUCCUUACCCCAGGAUACUUCAACCGGUGACUAUCCAGGAGAAUAAAGAAAAAGGAGCACUCUGUUGCCGGGUAAAUCUGGAAGAAACAACCAAUAGGUUUACAUUUCAGCAUGAAUCGCCUUCAUCAGAACCUUGAGUUGUAAAAAUGUGGGAGGCACCUAUAUACCCUCGCAGGGGAGUGUUCUAUUCAUUUACAUUUUACAUUUACGGCAUUUAGCAUAUUGUCAUGUCAGUCAAUAAUGUCAGUAGUAGUAGCAACUACACAGGUUAUUCAAACAAGAGUAUGAUCAUCAUUCAAGAUUCCUACACCUACAUUCCAGUUGAAUAACAAAAGACAGAAAUAAACAAAGAAAAAUAUAUUUACGAAAAAUAUCAGAAAGAGCUGUUCAUUCAGACGCUUUGUCUCGACGCAAUCUAAGCAGUCGAUCCAAAGUUCCUCUAACAAUUUCCUCACUAUCUUGCCACCUCUGGAGGAAAGGAACUUUCUCAAUUCCCCAGAAUUUCAAGGUAGAAGCUGAGCCAUGAUUGGCAUUUGCGUAAUGCCGCGCAGUCCAUAUUUAUGGUGCUGUUUGUGUUCAGCUAUUCUUAUUUAGUGCGUGUGUUUCGUCUGACCAAUGUAAACAAGCCCACGUGCAUUUGGGCAUGUAAAAAAACAUGUUGUACUACUGUACAAUUUAUGAAGUAUUUUCUUGUAUUCUUUAACUGAACGUGGGUGAUAGAAUACUUUUGUCACUUGCGUUGGAACAAUGUGUACAAUGACCGCAGCGGUAGAACCCAUUUAAGGGGGAGGGUUAGACGCAAAGUCUUUGAGCGAUGGGUGACUCUGGAGAAUGUGCCCGUGUUUGAGUUGUUUAUCAGCCUUUCUAGCAUGACGCAACCUAUGUGGGGUGUUCGUGCCAGACAAAGUGUUUGUUGAAUCUGUGCCAGGGUUUCAUUGGGUUAAUCUAGUUCCCUGGCUAGCCUUUCCCUGACGCUAAUGUAAUGAACGCCCUACCUCACAACACCCUGUCAUCCGAUUGGCUAUUGGCAGCGCAUCUUAAUAAACCUAUGAUCUGGCAGCGCUUGAUGAACUCUGUAAUCUGAUUUGUUCCUUGCAGUGAUUGGUUAGGUAAUCCUGUGAUUUAAUUGGCUGCUGGCUCUUUUAGGUAAAGUACUAAUUUGAUCUGAUUGGCUCUUGACAAUGAUGGAGUGAAGGAGCAGAAAAGGGUAUUGGUAAAUGUUACCCCUAUUGGUUAAGGUUAGGAUUUGGGGAUAGGGUGAUUUCAUCAUACAGCUGUGGUUCUGACCUCUAGAUGCUAGGUUAUGGAGAGGUUUGGGUAAAGUUUACCGUAUGCAUCCCAGUCGAAACAGUUUGCGGCUUCGCGCAUAUAUUAUGCCGACAUUUUGUAACGUUUUUGUUUGUUUUGGUGUUCGGCAGUUAUUUUUUUUGGGUGUUCGAGCACACCAUUUUUCUUCUUGAGGCAAGCCAAAAUUCAGUAGCCGAAGUCUACGCCCCUUCGUCGGUGAUUGGUCAACAGUAGGGAUUCUUCAAUGAAGUGUUUGUUGUCAGUAAACGAGAGAUGACUACUUUUCCAUGCACAUUUUUUCACAAAUACUGCAUCAAAACAUCGUAGUUAGAUGUAAAAUUGCGCGACUAAGUCCUCCUCGGCACAAACGUCAAAAUGAAUGGCAGAUUUCUGGAUAUGUUGUUGAUACGGCGAAUGUCUUUAGGGAGUAUGCGAGCACAGACGUUCACUUCCUCUAGCCGAGUUCUGCUAGGAGCAAACAGAACCUAUGUAUGCGGACGCCUUUAGCGUGCUGCUUACAAACCUCAUCAUGAUGCCAAAAAACCUCAUCAUGAUGCCAAAGGUACACACAUUGUUGGGGAGCACACUCACCUCGUAGUGAGGUGAUGGCUGGCUGGCUGGCUUCUGAGACAGAAUGCAGUAUGAUGCCAAACCUGAACAGCAGCCAACUCACUGAGAGGAAAUCUCUAAAUCCCUAACACACGCACUGCAACUCUGACAGUACACACACACACACAAACCUCUGACAGGGAACACUUACAUGCACACAAACACACACCAUCAGAGAACAAGUUUACAAACACACAGUAGCACAGCUAGGACAAAGCAGAGUAGGGUUUUCCUCUUUAUCUUCCCAAAUGAAGGGAUGUAACCAUAAUACACUGUAGUAUAGGUCCUAACCAGUAGUAGUGUGUAGUCACUGUACUAUAGGUCCUAACCGGUGGUAGUGUGUGUGUUCAGCUAACUCUGGAUAGGUCCAGUUGUAAAACAUGAGGGGGCCAUGCUGUGUGAGUUGGAGCGACCUAGCCAGGACACAAGUCGGGUCAGGAAAUAAGAUCAGGGGGAUUUUAUGUUUCCUGGAGUGUUUGGCGGGGGAGGGAGGGGGGGGGGGGGGGGGGGGGGGACACCAGAAUCCUUCUUCUCCUAACUAAACCCCCCCCUUCAGCCCCCAUCUAUGGGGUCCAGGCUAGGACUGUGGGCUACGGAAAGUUGUAUACGUUAUUUCGUGACCAGGACUUUUUUAUUUUGUUUUCAAAUGGACUGGUAAUCCACUUUUCCCUUCUAUGCUAUGCUAGUCUCUUCAUCAUCCUUAGGUAGCUUGUUCACAAGGCCCCAUAGACCUCAGUGCCAGUCUAUGUGUGUAGCUGUGUUGAUGCUGUGGGCCUGGAGAAGAAUGUGUUGCACAACAGCAGCCUCUACUUAACUGCAGCCUGGCUCUGGGAAAUAACAUCUCUAGAGAGGUGAUGCUAUCACAGAAUAGUGUGGAGGGAGGGAGGGAGGGAAAGAAAGAAAGAAAGGGAGAGAGAACAAGUGGACAUAGAUAACACAAAGCCCUCGGGGAGAAGAGAUGGAGUGAGAAACGAGGGAGAUUGAACAGGAGGAGAGAAAGGGAUUGCAGUAACAAAGAAAGAGUUGGACCAGAAGAGAGAGGGAAAGAUGAGGGAAAACAGCUUUUGUCCCUGGCAACAUGCUGUCAGGGUAGGUCCCAGCUAACAAUACAGCAAGGUCCCUCUUUCUCCUCUAUAGCAACUUUAUUUUUAUUUUUUAUUAAGACCUCUCCCCUCUUUCUCUCUUUCGUCUAGGGAAUGCCAAGGAGGGAUGGUGCAGCCAUCUAACUUCAGGGAUGUGAUUUUUCCUGAAAUGUGAUUUUUCCUGAAACCAGUCAUUCCUGCUUUUCUGUCAUCAUCCUCCAUUCCAACAGCAUUGGAAUUGAUGACUUAUACCCCCAAGAGCAAUAUCCCAUUUUCCCUGUCCUGAAUUAUAAUGCUUUCUGUAUUGUGGACAUGACUUUUUCCAGACCCACAGACUGCACUGAGUAGGACCCAGGACAGGAGGACUCAUUCAAAGACCUGUCUGCCUUUUGCCUGUCUAUGAUACGACAGUAUGUGUGUGUCUGUAUCCAUGUCCCCUCUUAAGGACUAUUUAUUUACUUGCACUUUGGUUCCGGGCAUUAUCAAUCCACUUAGCCUGAAUAAAGUUGUUUUAUAGUAUUUGAAGGCUGUCUUUUAAUAAAUGGUACACACACAGUCAGAC